UUUGUGUGUUCACGUUCUUCAGUACAUAUUUCAACAUAUUCUGUAUAAAAUUAAACAAAUACGAACUGAAUUCGUCAAGCUCACUUACCAACUGAUGACGGCGUCUUUCAACGGGUAAACUUAACCAAACUUUAAGGACUGUACUGAGAGACACACAAGUCAGGAGGCUGGAGUAAGGCUGUACAAUACCAAAGAAGAGAGAGAGGAAGGAAGGAAGGAAAAAAGAGAACAAGGCAAACUUCUCCAAAGGAAAGGAACCAUGCAAGUGGAUGCUGUCCUCUGUGGAGUCAGGUUACACAAAAUGAGAAACCACCCCAGGAGCACUUUAUCAGGGCUCACCCAACUCAGAAAGGAUGCCAGCUGCUAGCACCAUGACUGGUGGGAGGGCCCUGCUGCUCUGUACAAACACUGACAACUGUAUCUACCAAUCAGUCAACGGGCUCCAGUGCUGUGGCUUGAAGGUUGGGGAGGCUCCAUCAUCUGUGGUGCCCCAUCCCCAAGAGGUGUGCGGGUCAACGUGGGACAAGGAAAGGCAAGUAUCUUCAAAGUGUCCCCUCUCACCCCUGCUCAGCCUGAGCGACAGCCCGGGUCCUCCAGACACCAUGCUAGCUCACAGGAGAGCCACCACCACAGAACGGACUGCCAACAUGGAGAACGGACUGUGUGGCAAAUUGAACCAUAAUAAGAGUUCAGCUGGAGGCAAGGCCGCCAGCAUCCGUGAUAAGAUCUCACAAUGGGAGGGCAAAAAGGAAGCUGUCCCACUAACCUCUGCAGGGGCGAUUCCACUGACCACGACACAAAAGGAAGUUGAGACAGUGAGAAAGAAGGACUGUCACGUUUCAGAGGUCCAAAGGACAGACACCAAGCGGUUCGUCAGCUGGGACAGACAAGACUCAGGGAAGGAGAAUGUUGGAAAACUGGGAGAUUCAAGCCCUAAAUCUCCAGAGGGUUCAUCAAACAAAGACAGAGAAGUGAUACUAGAGAGAGGAUUUCGGUCUCCUAAGCCAACAGAACAACCCUUAGACAAGAAAACUGUUUUAACACAUGUUAAGAAACUGGAGAAGGCAACAAAGGACGUUCCUGAUAGACCUUCACUGGCAUUUCCAGGGAAUUACUUCUGCCCUCCUUCAAAGGAGGAGCUGGAGGAAUCAGAAAAGAGGGUCGGCGAGCCCAUUUUUGGGACUUUUGAUGUUGUUCGGCCUGGUGGCUCACGGAGGACGAGGGAGGGGGAUCCAGAGAAUGUAUACAGUGAGCCAGGUGCUCCUUCAAUAAAUCCUCUACCCAAACCUCAGAGAACCUUCCAGCACCACACACCUCCCACUACCCUUGCUUCAGGCCCUGGCUUGAGUAAGGGAAAGAGGAACUUACCCCCUUUGCCCUCUAUUCCCCCUCCACCUUUACCGACAUGCCCACCACCUGGAGUUAGCAGGAGGCCCUGGGCUGACAGACCCCGGGACAGCAAUAACAGGAAGUCCUAUGAAUUUGAGGAUCUGCUUCAAUCGUCUGCAGAAAGCUGCAGGGUGGACUGGUAUGCUCAGUCCAGACUGGGUCUAACACGCACUUUAUCGGAAGAGAAUGUUUAUGAGGACAUAAUAGAUCCUCCAUCCAAGGAAAACCCCUAUGAAGAUAUAGAACUGGAGAGAAGUUGUUUGGGAAGCAAAUGCGUUUCUCCUGCCUCCUCAUCUCCUGUCCCUGACACACCGACUAAGCUCUCCUCCAAGCCCAGUUUCUUUAGACAAAACUCAGAAAGGCGAAGUUUUAAGCUCUUGGAACUGCGCAAGACCAACAGGGAACCUGGCAUUUCCACACCCUCUCGUAUCAGUCCCCCCUCCACACCCAGCAGCCCUGAUGACACCCCCUGCCUCUCGGGAGACCCAUACAAUCGCAGACGGAGGAAAAUUCCCAAGAUGGUGCUGAAAAUCAAUGGCAUCUUUGAGGCACGAAGAGGGAAGAAACGCAUGAAGAGAGUGUCUCAGUCUACAGAGUCAAGCUCAGGGAGAGUGACAGAUGAGAACAGUGAGUCGGAAAGUGACACGGAGGAGAAGCUUAAAGCUCACAGCCAGCGGCUGGUAUCAGUUCAGUCCAUGCUGAGGCAAACAGGGCGAUACCGAACUUUAGAGAGGGAUCUCAUGGAGCUGCAGGAGAGGAAACUCUUUGAGUAUUUCAUAGUUGUUGCACUUCACAAGACGAAAGCCGGUGUUCCAUACCUGCCAGAAGUCACACAGCAGUUUCCACUCAAGCUUGAGAGGAGCUUUAAAUUCAUGCGGGAGACUGAGGACCAGCUGAAGGUCAUCCCUCAGUUCUGUUUCCCUGAUGCCAAAGACUGGGCACCUGUCGACAAUUUUCCCAGUGAGACGUUCUCCUUUGUUCUGACUGGCGAGGAUGGAAGCAGGCGGUUUGGCUACUGUCGGCGAUUAUUGCCCAGUGGUAAAGGCCGGAGGCUUCCUGAGGUCUACUGCAUCGUGAGCCGCCUGGGUUGCUUCGACCUCUUCUCCAAGAUCUUGGAUGAAGUGGAAAAGAGGAGAGCUAUCUCUCCUGCUCUGGUGCAGCCUUUUAUGAGAGGCAUCAUGGAAGCUCCUUUUCCUGCUCCAGGAAGAACCAUCACUGUCAAGAACUUCCUACCUGGCUCUGGGACAGAGGUCAUAGAGCUGUGUCGGCCUUCAGAUUCCCGUCUGGAACAUGUGGACUUCGAAUGUCUCUUCUCCUCCUUGAAUCUGCGCCUCCUUCUACGAGUGUUUGCCUCUCUGCUGCUGGAACGCAGGGUCAUAUUCACUGCUGACAAACUCAGCACAUUGUCUCAGUGUUGCCAUGCAGUCGUGGCUCUUCUCUACCCCUUCACCUGGCAGCAUACGUACAUCCCUGUGCUCCCACCCUCCAUGUUAGACAUCGUCUGCACCCCUACACCGUUCAUCGUUGGCCUCCUCUCCAGCUCUCUGCCUCGCCUCAAAGAGCUGCCUAUUGAAGAAGUCCUGGUGGUCGACCUCGGCAACAGCCGUUUCCUGCGACAGCUGGAUGAUGAGGACUCCAUUCUUCCUCAUAAGCUGCAGGCAGCUCUUGAGCAUGUGCUGGAUAAGAGGAGGGAGCUGGCUUGUGAGAAAGGAGAUCUGCCAAACGACUCCAGCUCCCUCAGCACCGUGGUAUCAGAGGCCUUUGUGCGUUUCUUUGUGGAGAUGGUGGGUCACUUCUCCCUCUUCAUGGGUGGAGCGGAGCGGGAGGAUGAGUCUCUCUCUUCCCCCACUUUGACUAGUCCCUCCUCUCCCACCACGUCAUCCUUUCAGCGCGAGGCCUUUCGGAAAGCAGUGACUUCCAAAAGCUUGAGGAGGUUUCUGGAGGUGUUCAUGGAGACCCAGAUGUUCACCGGCUUCAUUCAGGAGAGGGAGAUGCGCAGACAGGGCCUCAGAGGUCUGUUUGAGGUGAGAGCACAGGAUUAUCUGGACUCACUGCCUGGAAGUGAGCAACGAGGAGUCAACAAGUUCCUUAAGGGCCUAGGAAGCAAGAUGAAAUUCCUUUCCAAGAAAUGAUGCUCAGUCAGGAUAUCAUCUGUAAAUGUAGGAAAAAGAAAGAUAAAGCAGCAAGAUUUGAAUGAGAAGAAGAAAAGAUGCUUCCUGAAUGUGGAAAGAUCAGAGAUGGAGACUUAACUUUUGGUCAGAACAGAGAGGAAGACCUGAAGUGAACUGAACUCAUAGUUUUUUUAAACAUGAGGGAAUCUGGGUUUAACUCCCAGCUUCUGGAGCCAGUCGUUCCUUUCCCAUUGUGAGGAUUUCACUCAACCGGGACCAAAACAUGAUGGCUCAGUGUCUCAUUCCACCGUUCCCAAGGUUUUUGUUUCAGUCCUAACAGUGUAAUACUGUACAGCACAGCACAGUUUUAACAGUUUUGAGGAACAAUGUUCUCUACUUUCCCACUUCAUCUAUAAACUGGUGAGGAGGAGGAGGAGGAGGAGGAGUGUUACUGAACAUCCAGUUUUGUACAAUACUUUCUCUUACAUUCCAAGUAUUUUCUAUAGAAAACUUUUAUCAAUUCAAUAGUACAACUUCUUCAACAGGAGGCUUUUAAGUUAAUUUAUAUUCUCUUAGGCAAAUUUAAUCGCUUUUUGAAGUUUCCUUAAAACGAGUGCAAAUAAAUAUCCUGUAGUUUGUAAUAGGCUUUAUUUAACAGAGUCUAGUCCAGACUGUUUGUAGACCACUUUGGGUUGUCAGAUAUAUGUACCACUGUUUUACGUCACCGUUUAUUGAAAAUGGAAGGCUCAUCAAAAGACAGAAAAACAAUGUGAAUGCAUCCGUCACUUGGGAUGUGGAUAGAUUUGAUGUUGACGAAUCACAUGUAUCUUAGGUCUGUCAGUGUCAGCGUAUCUCCCAAAAGCAACUAGACAUACCUUCAACUUGAUUGAGAAUGCAAUGAAACUUUAUUAAUAAAGUAAUUUGAAUCAGACAAAUGUCUUAUCAUUUAAAAAAAAAACAUUUAAUAAUUUAAAUAUGCAGGUGCAGCAUGAGAGGUAGAUGGUAUAGGUUUGCACAAAAUGAGAAAUGAACCAAAACACAUAAUUUGAAAAAAUAAAGUAACUUGGUCAUUCAUCAAUUCUUAUAUAUUAACACGCAUUACCAUCACUAGUAAAACAAAACAUGUAAUUUUGUGUCAAGCUUUGAGGUGGUUGUUCUUUUCCGUGAUACAAUAAUUUGUAAUACUCACAAAUACCCACCAGAGGGGGCUGUUACCCCGUUUAUGGUUUCCUGCAUGAUUUGCCUCAGUGUCCAAAGUUCAGACUUAACAUCUUUAGGCACCCAGACCUUUAAUGCCUCCAACAACAUGCCCGUGACUAGUAGUUGUUUUAUGCUUAGAAAACGCUGACAAAACAAAGCUAUACAGUAUAUAACUUAUUCUAUGCCUUAAUCUCCAUCACAUUAGAUCUCCAAGAGGCAACAGGAAAUUACUUCAUUUGUUAGUUUAAUAUUCUAUGGUUUAGUCUAGUGCAGCAUAUUGUGUAGGUCCAUUCAUUCUGAAAAUCUUACUGUACAAUGUAUUGAUGACAAUUGUGGAGUUAAAGUUUAAGUUAACAGGUAAAAGGAAAUGGAGAGGUUUAAUGUAGUAUCACUGAUGUAUUUCCUUUGGAAUAAAUUGUCUGCUAGA